AUGCCUGAAGUAGGUUCAUGUACUGACAUAACAUGUGAUAAUGAAAUUAAAGAAUUAUAUCAAUGUCAUUGUUGUUUACGUCCUGUUUGCUUAACUCAUUUGAUUGCACAUGUGGAAAUAACAAAACAAAAUAAACAACGAUUCGAUAGCCUUCGUAGUGAACUAAAUGCAGUUAUAAAUAUACUUAAGCCAAUAGUUGAAGAAAAACUACUUAUUAUAAAAGGCGAACAACACUUGAUUGAACAAGCAAAAACUAUUUUCGAUGCAUCCAAUAGUUCAAUGGAAGAGGAUCAUCAUGUGAAUGAAGAACAAAAGAAACUUGAACGAAAAUCAUGCAGAAAGAUUUCUGAUGAAUGUCCAUUAACAUUUGAUGGAGCAUAUGGUCUUACUCAAGCAACUCAUUCUAUUGAAUUUUGUGAGCAUGACAAAACUUGUCAAAUUGGUUUAUAUCAACAUUUCAUCAAAAAACAUAAAUUAAAAGAAGUUUAUGCUCAACGUUUGAUGCGAGCUGUUGCUGAUAAUAAAGAUUCUAAGACAACAAAAUUAUUUGAUGGAAUUGAAAAUGUAAUCGAUCAUUGUUAUAAAGUGCCAGGUCCUUUUACUAAUGUACUAGUGAACUGA